AUGUCCAACCCUUUCCGGCGCAGUAAUGGCGAUGACAACAGGUCGACUUCGGAUCCCACCGGGACCGAGGGUACAGCAGGCCCUCCACUAUCUGUGAACACUCGGAUUCCAGCAUCGCAAAAACAUGUCAACUUCGCGAGUCCCCCAGCCGUUCCCAUAUCGCCUGCGUCGUAUCCUUCCAGCCCCGAAAGCACGCGCCAGUCUCCCGGCUUUCACCACGCGCAGCCAAUUUUACCAGAGACAAGUAAUUCUGGUCAGGCUUUAUAUCACGACCCUUUUCAGGAGGAAAAUCUACAUGAUGAGCAUGACCUAGUCAUCGAAGAAGCGCUGCGGAACGCUCGACUUAACAACACGCUGCCUGCCGGCUCAGUCACUGGAACGACAGCUAAACAGGCGAACGUCAGAGACACACUGAGUCGCUUCUCGUCGGCGCCGAGGCGGGCUGACACAAAGAUUGAAGACAGCGCGAAGAGGCCGACAAUGGAUGUCAACGCAUUCACUAGGAUGUUGCUGACCGGACAGAGUCGGAAUGCCAAUGCUGGCCCAAGCGCCGCAACGCAGCCGAUCAACGACAGUGGUUCAAGUACCGACACGGCUUCAAUAUCACAAAGAUCUAUAUUCGACGCUGGGACUCGGCCAGUCGCGGAAUCGUCAGGUUCAUCAUCUGAGACGGAGCGAGACGAUGAGGGUGUGACGCUCAGCAAAGAACCCCGCAAACCACCCCCACCGCCCAAACCACGGCAUGGGAAGCCUGUAGCUGAUUCAGAGCCCGCCGCGGCAGGAGAUCUACGCCGGACGAGCAAAAGUCUGGACACCGAACAAGGACUUAUCCAAGGUACAACGGAAGAGACGGAUGCGAGCAGCUCUGAUAUCAAGGGCUCGAAGAAGCCUCCGCCGCCACCACUCGCUCGGCGAAAGAGCCAGAAGCAGGCUACAAGUAGACCUGAGAUUACGCGGAGCAGUUCAUCAAAAUAUUCGCUGUCAAGCGACGCCGAAGAACCGCUGAGUCCUCCACCUCUAUCUGGAAAGAUGGCCCCGCCUCCACCCCCACCAUCACGGCGGCCGAACUCACAGUAUGGGCGCAGGCUGUCAACAGACCUGCCAGCACCACAUGAACAGGACGAAGAAAAUCCCGACAUAUCCUCCAGUGCAAGGCCGCCAUCCUCCAGCAAACGAACAUCGCAGCCCUCACUAGGAACGCCACCACCAGUGCCCCCUCCACGCAAGAACCGAGGCUCAGGCCGCAGCAGCAUGGACAGUCAACACCGGCCGUCUAUGUCGGCACUAGGGAUGACAGCCGGUUCAGCACGAAAUAGCUCGGAUCUGGGAAGGACUGGCAGUGACAGUCGCAACGUGUCGGGUAGCUCUACCGCGGCCGACAUUCUGGCAGACCUUGAAACCCUGCAGCGGGAGGUAGACGCAGCAAGGGCCAGUGCCGGGCGUUGA